GAAGGCAGAAACAGGAGGUAAGAGCUCCCGCUAGGUGCUACUGCAGACGGUGACGAGUAAAGGCAUGACAGAGCGGGGGCAUACGCUAUAGGUGAGCGUGGCCGAGGUACUCAUCUCCCUCACAUUGGCCCUGGAUCAUGAGGUGGGUAAGAAAAAAAUACCUCAAGACACAGGGUACAAGAACCUGCCACCAGCUAGCUGUCUUGAGGGGCCCUCCCAAAAGCAAUUGAGUGAUAGCGCACCACGUUAUCGCAUGCAGCGGGAGGACAUUAGGCCACAGGUCUGCCCUCACGAGCCGAAUUUUGCUUUAUUCGGCCAGGCUGGGGCUGUCGAGACUGCUUAUCAAUGGUUCCCCUUGUCAACAAGAUAAAAUAAACAAAUCCUGACGUGGGUUACCACCAUACCAACUGCUUCAUUUGUCGUCUUGCCCUCAGCAGUGAAGGAAGACAUUGCUGUUUACAGCUGCAUCACCUAAGGCUUGAAUUACUUCAAGCUAGAAAAAUCUCGACCAUGAUUCGCUCAGCGGCGUCCAGGGCGUGCCGGGCGUGGGCCGCAGCCUCCACUAAGGCCAACAUCACCACCACCACCACCGGGUCGUCCACCAUCGGCACCAACGGUGGAAACGUGGAACAGCGGGAACGAUUAGCCGACUCGGACAAGUCCACCUCCAGCAGGCCGGCAGGAGAGGAGUGUCUCAAGUGGAGGUUCCCCGCGGACGAUAGGACACAGGCCAUGGUGGCGGCUGUCGAGAGCGGCUUGUAUAUGAACACCAUCAUCACCUUCAACUCCAAGGCGCCCAUCACCCCUGACCUGAUGGAGGAGGCGCUCGUCCACCUCUACGGCAAGAUCGAGUCACUCAGACUUUGCUUCCGGCAGCGGGACGGGCAGCUGUGGGUCGCCGACAUGCCGCGACAAAAACUAGAUUUUCAGGUGAUGAACUACACGGACUUGGAGUACGAACAAUCUGAACAGCAUAAAGUAAAAUUUGACCUCUAUAAUGGGCCGCUGUGGAAUGCUCGGCUCAUGCCAUGUCCUCCAGAUGCUCCCUGUCCUCUCCCUGAAGUGAAGGCAGCAUAUUCUCAUCAGUGUCACCUCCUGAUGUCCGUCCACCAUGCUGCUAAUGACGGAAUAAUCGUACAACUGAUCUCGGAGCUGCUGUCCCAAAUCAUCGACAGCCUCCUCGAGGGAUCACCCGUGGACACCAGGCCUGUUGGGGAGCUCCGUGACGGCGUGGAGGCCAGAGAGGAGGAAAACAAGAUUAGGGAAGAACUGGAAAGGGAUCCUGAGAGGCUUAUGUCGGCCAUCAGAAAACAUCUAGCGAGCAAACAUCUUCCUCUGCUCAUGGAAGCUUAUGGUGUCCCGAACGAAGCAAACCCAACUACGACGUAUUUGGAGCCGGUGCUCCUCGACAAGCAGACAGUGGAGAAGAUCACUGCCAAGGCUCGCGCCACUGGCACCACCCUCAACGCCUGCUUCACUGCUGCCUUGAACGUGUCCAUGAUGGAGCUGUAA